GUGGCUAUAGAAUUAUCUUACAUACUUGAAUCUAAUAUUAAAAAUUUUAAAAGUGAAAAAAAAUUAGAAGAAACUGGUAUAGUUUUAUCAAUGAGUGAUGGUAUUGCUCGUUGUUACGGUUUAACUAAAAUUCAAGCAGGUGAAAUGGUUGAAUUUAACAAAGGUAAUAUUAAAGGUAUGGCUUUAAAUUUAGAACCUGACGUUGUAGGUGUUGUUGUUUUCAGUAAUGAAAGAGAAAUUCAAGAAGGUAACUUCGUGAAAAGAACUGGAUCUAUUGUAAGUGUACCAACUGGUGAAGGUUUAUUAGGACGUGUAGUAGAUGCUUUAGGUCAACCAAUCGAUGGAAAAGGUGCUAUUAAAUCAAAUACUUUAAGUAGAGUUGAAAUUAAAGCUCCAGGUAUUAUGCCAAGACAAUCUGUAAGUGAACCUGUACAAACUGGUUUAAAAGCUGUAGAUAGUUUAAUUCCUAUUGGUAGAGGUCAACGUGAAUUAAUUAUUGGAGAUAGACAAACUGGUAAAACUUCAAUUGCUAUGGAUACAAUAAUUAAUCAAGUUAAAGCACACCAAAGUGGUGAUAAAGAUAAUCAAUUAUUUUGUAUUUACGUAGCUGUAGGUCAAAAAAGAUCAACUGUAGCAGAUUUAACUAAAACUUUAGAAGAAAAAAAUGCUUUAUUUUUUUCUAUUAUUGUAGCAGCAACUGCAUCAGAUUCAGCUCCAUUACAAUUUUUAGCUCCAUAUACCGGUUGUACUUUAGGUGAAUAUUUUAGAGAUAAUGGUAAACACGCUGUUAUUUUCUAUGACGAUUUAUCUAAACAAGCAGUAGCUUACCGUCAAAUGUCUUUAUUAUUAAGAAGACCUCCAGGUAGAGAAGCUUACCCAGGUGACGUAUUCUAUUUACACUCUAGAUUAUUAGAAAGAGCAGCUAAAAUGAAUAUUGCUAUAGGUGGUGGAUCAUUAACUGCAUUACCAGUUAUUGAAACUCAAGCUGGUGACGUAUCUGCUUAUAUCCCAACUAACGUAAUUUCUAUUACUGAUGGUCAAAUUUUCUUAGAAACUGAAUUAUUCAACCAAGGUCAAAGACCAGCAAUUAGUGUUGGUUUAUCUGUAAGCCGUGUUGGUUCUUCUGCACAAAUUAAAGCUAUGAAACAAAUUGCAGGUUCAAUGAAAUUAGAAUUAGCACAAUUUAGAGAAGUACAAGCUUUCUCUCAAUUUGGUUCUGAUUUAGAUGCAGCUACUCAACAACAAUUACAUAGAGGAGUACGUUUAACUGAAAUGUUAAAACAAGGAUUAAACGUACCUUUAAAUGUUGAAGAUCAAAUUGUUAUCAUUUUUUUAGGUGUUAGAGGUUUCUUAGAUAAAAUUGAAGUUAAAAAAAUCGGACAAUUUGAAAAUGCUUGGUUACAAUUUAUUAAAAAUAAUCAUAAUGAUAUUUUAGUAGAAAUUGCAACUAAAAAAGAAAUUAGUAAAGAAUUAGAAGCUAAAUUACGUACUUUAGCUAAUGAUUUUACUAGUCAAUUUUUAAAUAAAUAA